AAAAAAGAAAUAUAGGUUAAAUAGGUUAAGAAAUAUAGGUUUGACUACAGACCACAAUGUUUUGACAUCUGAAAGUUGACAAGAUAUCGAGAAUUCAAAACCACAAAUUAUGUGUUGAUUUAUAAUUAUCUACGUGAAUUAAUAGUGACUAUGUGUGGUGAAAAACUAAACGUUGAAGACAUUCUGUUUGUUACAAGAGCUGUGUCGGUGGCAUAUGGGUAUGCUGCGUUGGCAUGCACGUGCGCGGGAGGAUUUACACUAUACUACGCCGCCCCGGUCAUUACGUUUCCUUUUGCUACAGGGUCUGGAAUAUGGACGGGGGUUUUUACGUUCGUUAUAUUUAUACUGGGUAUAAAAAUAGUCAAGGGGUAUGAACCAAAUUACCCGGAGACGUCUAAAGGAAAAGUUAUAGCAUUAUGCUGGUUAAUCUCGAUGGACUAUUUAUUUGGAAUUCUCCAUGUAAUUUUCUCGGCUGUUGGAUUUUCGUACUGUAGCAAUGGGUUAAGAAUCGGAGGAAAUUAUUGUAACGAAGAGGAGCGACCGAGGCUUUUACUGAUGGAAAGUUUCAAUAUCGCAUUUGGAUUAGUAAUAGCUCUUGUUUCACUGUCUAUGACCAUGUAUCUAUCAUCGAGAAAAAGGAUAAACAUUUUAGCUGGAGUUCCAGCGGAGGAGGAAGUAAAGGUCACGUGCUGCGGUGGACUGUGCACAUGUAUGAUCAGAAGCGGAAAGACGUAUUAUGAUUAGUUGGGUUGGUUAUACGUAUGUGUUUUUGGUUCAUAUUUGUGCCAUAACAUUACAAACAGUUUGGUGCAAUAAUUUUGUUUUUGGUGCGAAUGUUUAGAGUAACUGUUGUUGAAACUAUACAUUUUUACAUUUUGGAUUAACCACUGGAUUAUCUUAUGCCGUUCUAAUGGUGUUUGUACCGUGUUGUUAUAAUUUAAAGUGUCUAUAUACAUGUAUGUUGUGACAUCUAGAAAGGAUAACUUUCCUUUUUUGUUCCAGCAUUUUUGUUUUUGAAAAAUGCGUUAAUUCAAAUAUCAUAGAAUGCGUUUCGCCUUCUUUCUUUUUAAAGAAAAUUCGUAUUCAAGCAAUGGUCAUAAUAUUACUGCGUUUAAACAUAUACUGACCAAUCUAUUUACCAAAUUACGAAUUUUACAGGCGUGUUUAAUCAAGAGCUUUUGGUAUAAUAAAUAUCUGUAAUUCGCUUGCACAGUGUAGGGUUCAACAUAACGUCUUGAUACAACUGUUCGUGCUCAUGUAUAAAUGUGGAGAUGUCCAUUGCCGGAUUAAUUCUUUUCGUCAAUAAAACUUUAAGUAACUGUA